GCUCAGCCCUGCCUGGCCCGCGCCUCUGAUUUUGGCUUUCUGGGCGGCCGCGGCGAUCCGGGACUGGCUCGGGGAUGGGAACUGGAGCCCCCGGAGCUGCGGCGGCGGCGGCGGCGGCGGCGGCGGCGGCGCUGUGAGGAGCCUCUGGGGGGGAGGCAGCUGCGGCUCGUCGGUGAGUAUCCGGAAGCGCCACCAUGGGGCUCCGCAAGAAGAGCUCCAAGAACCCCCCGGUCCUGAGCCAAGAGUUCGUCCUGCAGAAUCAUGCGGACAUCGUCUCCUGCGUGGGGAUGUUCUUCGUGCUGGGGCUCAUGUUCGAGGGCACCGCAGAAGCUUCGAUCGUUUUUCUGACUCUCCAGCACGGUGUGACCGUCCCUGCCGCAGAAGAGCCAGCCGCGGGAUCAAAGUCCCUUUAUCAUUACGGUGUCAAAGAUUUGGCCACGAUUUUCUUCUACAUGCUGGUGGCAAUCAUUAUUCACGCCACCAUUCAGGAGUAUGUGCUGGAUAAAAUUAACAAGAGAAUGCAGUUCACCAAAGCGAAACAAACCAAGUUUAAUGAAUCGGGUCAGUUUAGUGUAUUCUACUUUGUUUCCUGCAUUUGGGGCACAGUCGUUCUAAUCUCCGAAAACUGCCUGUCAGACCCAACUCUCUUAUGGAGAGCUCAUCCCCAUAACAUGAUGACAUUUCAAGUGAAGUUUUUCUACAUAGCCCAGUUGGCUUACUGGUUUCAUGCUUUUCCUGAACUCUACUUCCAGAAAAUCAAAAAACAAGAUAUCCCUCGCCACCUUGUCUACAUUGGUCUUCACCUCUUUCACAUUGCUGGAGCUUAUCUCCUGUAUUUGGAUCAUUUGGGACUUCUUCUUUUAGUGCUGCAUUAUUUUGUUGAAUUACUCUCCCAUGUAUGUGGCCUGUUUUAUUUUAGUGACGAGAAGUAUCAGAAAGGGAUAUCUCUGUGGGCCAUUGUGUUUAUCUUGGGUAGGCUUCUAACUUUAAUUGUUUCGGUAGUCACUGUUGGAUUCCACCUGGCUGGAUCGCAGAAUCGGAAUAAGGAUGCCAUCACUGGAAACGUAAAUGUGUUGGCAGCUAAAAUUGCUGUUCUGUCGUCCAGUUGCACCAUCCAAGUGUAUGUAACAUGGAGCUUAAUUAACCUCCGGCUUCAGAGGUGGUUAGAAGAUACUCAUUUUAAGGCCGCAUGUAUGAAGAAGAAGCGGUCAAGGUCUUCUAAAAAAGGAACAGAGAAUGGAGUGGAAACUUCAAAUAGAAUAGACUCUCCCCCAAAGAGGAAAGAAAAAUCUUCAUAAUGACUAAAAGCUCAUUGACUAAAGUCUCCAAAGGAAUCUGCUCUUUACUAUGAGAUUUCUUUCUGCACUAGAUUUUUUCUGUUCUGGAAAAUAGUUUGUGCUCUUUGAGUUUUGCUAUUGUACUGUUUAAUGUAUUUUUAAAGACAUUUGAGUGGAGGGGGAUUAUAUAACUAAAAAACAUCGGUUAAGAUUAAACUACUUAUUGUCAAAAUAA